AUGCCAGCUGUUCCACAGAUCCUGCUGGAAACUCUGGAAGAGCUGGAGAGAGCACAACUGAAGAGGUUUCAGUGGUUCUUGCAAACAGAGAAAGGAAUGGAGGGUUUCUCUCACAUCCCAAAGUCUCAACUGGAGAAUGCUGAUGUACAGGACACGGUGGAUAAGAUGGUGGAAAGAUACAAACCAAGAGGUGCUGUGGACAUCACACUGCUCAUCCUGAGGAGGAUGGAGCAGAAUAACCUGGCUGAGAAGUUAGAGAGUAAACUCAGGGAAGGUAACACAGCUCACAUGAAAUUUAAAACACAAAUUGAUUAUGAAGCUGUAAGAAUCAAAAUGAAGUCCAGUUUAAAACAGAAAUAUGAGCGCAUUUUGGAUGGAACAUCGGUAAGAGGCCAUAGAAAGUUCCUGAAUGAUGUCUUCACUGAUCUCUACAUAGUGGAGGAUGAGACUGGAGGAGUCAUUCAUGAACAUGAGAUUAUGCAGGCUGAGGCAUCAACUAGGAGAUUUACCUCAGAGAAAACAAUCACAUGCAGUGACAUUUUCAAAGUCCCAUCUGAUCCAAGUCGAAGAAACAGAAAAGUGCUGACUAUGGGUAUUGCUGGAGUGGGCAAAACUGUCUCAGUGAACAAAUUCAUACUGGACUGGGCAGAGGGAAAGACCAACCAGGACAUAGAUUUAAUUUUUCCUCUCCCCUUUCGAGAGCUGAAUUUGAGGAAAGAUAAAAAAUACAGACUGAUAGAGUUGCUUCAUAAAUGUCUUCCUGGCUCUGCUGAAUUGAAGUGUCUUCCAGAUGGCGAUGGCAAGGCCAUGUUCAUUUUUGAUGGACUUGAUGAAAGUCGCUUUCCUCUUGGAUUCAAUGACAUUACUGAGGAAGUAGAAGAGGAAGAGAAAGAAGAAAAGAUUGAUCAGAAAACAUCAGUUGGUGCACUAAUAACAAACCUAAUCAAGGCAAAUCUGCUUCCCUCUGCUCUCAUCUGGAUAACCUCCAGACCAGCAGCAGCCCAUCAGAUCCCUCGAGAAUACAUUGACCAGGUGAGUGAGGUACGAGGAUUCAGUGAUCAACAAAAGGAAGAGUACUUUAGAAAGUACAACGAUGACAAUCAGGAAAUGACCAAAAAUAUGAUCUCGCACAUAAAGAAAUCAAGGAGCCUCCACAUCAUGUGUCGCAUACCAGUCUUCUGUUGGAUAUCAGCCACUGUGCUUCAGCCAAUGCUAGCCACAGACACAAGUGAAGAACUCCCCACGACUCUGACUAGGAUGUACACACAGUUUCUACUAUUCCAAACAAAACAAAUCAACGAGAAAUAUGAAGCUAAACCCAUCAUUCUGAAGCUUGGAAAGUUGGCCUUCCUUCAGCUGGAGAUGGGGAAUCUGAUAUUCUAUGAGGAAGACCUGAGAGAGUGUGGCAUUGAUGUCAGUGAGGGUUCAGUGUACUCAGGAGUUUGCACACAGAUAUUCAGUCAAGAGCAGGGAUUCUCUGAGAGGAUGGUGUUCAGCUUUGUGCAUCUGAGUGUUCAAGAAUUUCUUGCUGCGGCCUAUGUGUUUCUCUCACAUCAUAAUAAGAGAAAGAAUCCACUUUAUCCAAACACAGCUGCAAACAAGUUUAAAUGGCUGUUUAGGAGCACAGAAGCUUUCUAUGAAUCUGCUAUAGACAAGGCCUUGGAGAGUGAGAAUGGUCACCUGGACCUUUUCCUCCGCUUCCUUCUUGGCCUCUCACUGGAGUCCAAUCAGAGACUACUGAAAGAACUACUGCCACAAACAGUGAUCAGAGCUGAGAGUGUGGAGAAAACAGUCGACUACAUCAAGAAGACACUCAACAAGAACAUCUCAUCAGAGAGGAGCAUCAAUCUCCUCUACUGUCUGAAGGAACUGAGGGAUGACUCCCUUCUGGAUGAAAUUCAGAAUUACUUGGGCUCAGGACGUCUCUCAACAGAGAAACUGUCAUCUGCUCAGUGGUCAGCUCUGGUCUUCGUCCUGCUGAUAUCAGAGGAGACUCAAGAAAAGUUUGAACUGAAGAAAUACAGAGGUUCAGGUGAAGGGCUGAAGAGGCUUCUACCAGUACUGAAAAACACCAAACGGGCUCUACUUUCUAUCUGUAAACUCACUGAACAGUCCUGUGAAGCUGUAGCCUCAGUUCUACAGUUAGCAAACUGUUCCCUGAGAGAACUGGACCUGAGUAACAAUGACUUUCAGGAUUCAGGAGUGAAGUUUCUCUGUGUGGGACUGAAGAAUCCACACUGUACACUGGAGAUACUGAGACUUGCUGGUUGUAAACUCACUGAACAGUCCUGUGAAGCUGUAGCCUCAGUUCUACAGUCAGUAAACUGUCCCCUGAGAGAACUGGACCUGAGUAACAAUGACUUUCAGGAUUCAGGAGUGAAGUUUCUCUGUGUGGGACUGAAGAAUCCACACUGUACACUGGAGAUACUGAGACUUUCUGGCUGUAAACUCACUGAACAGUCCUGUAAAGCUGUAGCCUUAGUUCUACAGUCAGUAAACUGUCCCCUGAGAGAACUGGACCUGAGUAACAAUGACCUUCAGGAUUCAGGAGUGAAGUUUCUCUGUGUGGGACUAAAGAAUCCACAUUGUACACUGGAGAUACUGAGGUUGUCUGGCUGUUUAGUGACAGAGGAAGGCUGUUCUUCUCUGGCUUCAGCUCUGAGUUCAAACCCCUCAAACCCAAGAGAGCUGGAUCUGAGCUACAAUCACCCAGGAGACUCAGGAGUAAAGCGUCUCUCAACACAGAUGAAUCAAUACUGUCAACUUAAGUCAGUACAUGUGGACCAUGGAGGAAAAUCCAGGAUCAAACCAGGAUUAAGAAAAUAUGCCUGUGACCUUACACUGGACCCAAACACAGCAAACCCACACCUCUCUCUGUCUGAGAGGAACAGAAAGGUGACACGUGUGAGAGAGAAACAGUCGUUCCCUGAUCAUGCAGAGAGAUUUGAUAAGUAUCCUCAGGUCAUGUGUAGAGAGAGUCUGACUGGAUGCUGUUACUGGGAGACUGAGUGGAGAGGAAAUUAUGGCGCUGCUAUAUCAGUGACAUAUAAAGGAAUCAGGAGGAAAGGAGAGAGUGAUGACUGUAGGUUUGGAUACAAUGAAAAGUCGUGGAGUCUGAUGUGCUUUGGUAACAGUUACACUGCCCGGCACAAUAAUCAGGAAACUGACAUACCUGCCCCCCCCUCACACACACACAGAGUAGGAGUGUAUCUGGACUGGUUGUCUGGAACUGUAUCCUUCUACAACGUCUCCUCUGACACACACACACUCCAACACUUACACACAUUCCACUGCACAUUCACUGAACCCCUCUAUGCAGGGUUUAGAGUUUAUGACUCAGUGUUUCUGUGUCAGAUAAAAUAA